AUGGCAUUGCGAAGCUGUUCUGCCUGUGGCUGGGUUUUACAUACACAAACUAACAGCCCUUUAGACGAGAAGGACCUUGUUAUCAUUGGAGGUGGUGUUGCCGGAUAUGUCGCCGCUAUCAAGGCUGGCCAGGAAGGCAUGAAAGUCAGGCUUCCUGUUGCUUGCAUCGAAAAACGCGGCACACUUGGUGGGACUUGCCUCAACGUCGGAUGCAUCCCCUCGAAAUCCCUCCUGAAUAACUCCCAUAUGUAUCACCAGAUCCUCCAUGACACCAAAAACCGCGGAAUCGAAGUAGGCGACGUCAAGCUUAACCUUGCAAACUUCAUGAAGGCCAAAGAUACUGCCGUCAACGGCCUCACCAAGGGUGUGGAAUUUCUCCUCAAGAAAAAUGGCGUCGAGUACAUCAAAGGUGCAGGCUCGUUUCUCAACGAAAAUGAUAUCAAAGUUGAGCUUAAUGAUGGCGGCGAAACGACUGUUCGAGGCAAAAACAUUCUUAUUGCUACUGGAUCUGAAGCAACCCCUUUCCCAGGCCUUGAAAUUGACGAGAAGCGUGUAAUUACUAGCACUGGCGCCAUUGCUCUGGACAAGAUUCCGGAGACUAUGGUUGUCAUUGGCGGCGGGAUCAUUGGUCUGGAAAUGGCGUCCGUGUGGUCCCGUCUAGGAACCAAGGUCACCGUCGUCGAAUUCUUGGGCCAAAUCGGCGGGCCUGGUAUGGAUGCAGAGAUUGCAAAGGCAACGCAAAAACUACUCAAGAGGCAAGGGAUGGAUUUCAAGCUGAAUACCAAAGUCAUCAGCGGCGACAAAUCUGUUGGUCUUCAUUCAAGCACACCUUGCAUCGUUGCUCUCGUUUUCCCCAUUUGUCGUAUGAAUACUAACCUCUCCUCCCAGCUGAACGCCGAUGUUGUUUUGGUUGCCAUUGGCCGCCGCCCUUACACGCAAGGGCUUGGCCUGGAAAAUAUCGGCAUGGAGCUCGAUGAACGCGGCCGCGUAAUUAUUGAUUCGGAAUACCGAACGAAGAUCCCACACAUCCGAUGCGUCGGCGACGUUACCUUCGGCCCAAUGCUUGCCCACAAGGCUGAAGAAGAGGCUGUCGCUGUCGUGGAGUACAUCAAGAAGGGGUACGGCCACGUCAACUAUGGCUGUAUCCCGUCUGUCAUGUACACUUAUCCUGAAGUUGCUUGGGUGGGCCAAAAUGAGCAAGAGCUGAAGAACCAGAAAAUCCCGUAUCGUGUCGGAACUUUCCCAUUCAGCGCCAACUCUCGCGCCAAGACCAAUCUAGACACGGACGGUCUCGUCAAAAUGCUUGCGGACCCAGAGACAGACAGACUUCUCGGCGUUCAUAUUAUUGGGCCAAAUGCCGGUGAGAUGAUCGCUGAAGGCACAUUGGCUUUGGAGUACGGCGCAUCUACAGAGGAUAUUGCACGAACUUGUCAUGCUCAUCCUACGCUGGCUGAGGCUUUCAAGGAGGCUGCCAUGGCCACUAACUCGAAAGCGAUUCACUUCUGA